AUGCAGUCUGGAAUCUCAGGUACGGAUGUCGCCAUCAUGCCCGGAUCAGCCUCCGAGGAGCUCCAGAAGGCGUUCAGCUCGCUGCUCGCGACGCCCUCCGACUUUGGCCUGCUGGUGACGAUCCAGGGCGAAUCCCUGGUUCCCGUCGAGACGAUUGCGGGAAAAUCCUCCGACUUUGGACAGAACCUGUCUGUGCUGGAGCCGUUUGUCAAGCCAGACGUCGCCCUCUAUGCCAUCCUCCGCCGUUACGACGACACGCCCAAGUUUGUUGCCGUGACAUACGUUCCAGAUGCUGCCAAAGUCCGCCAGAAGAUGCUGUUCGCCUCGACGCGGCUGACGCUGGUGCGGGAGCUGGGCACGGAGCACUUCCGCGAGACGCCCUUCAUGACCAUGACCAAGGAAUUGACGGCGGACGGAUUCAAGGCCCACGAUGCGCACAAUGCCCUGGAGGCACCCCUGACUGAAGAGGAGAAGUCGCUGGGCGAGGUCAAGAGGGCGGAGCAGGAAGCUGGAUCGGGCACUGCCAUCCGAGAAAUCCAUCUCAGCCAGAGCUUGAAGAUGCCGGUCAACGAGGAUGCUAUUGCGGCAAUGAAGGAGGUUGCCGGGGGGCAAAAGGCCGCGACGACACUGAAAAUCAACGCGGCCACCGAACGAGUAGAGCUGGCACCCGAAACCCCAAACUCCAGCUCCCUCACCGAGCUCAUCAAGAGCAUCUCCACUGCCGAGCCACGAUUCACCUUUUAUCGGUUCACCCAUACCCACGAUGGAGCUGAGCAGACGCCGAUCCUCUUCAUCUACACUUGCCCUGCAACGGCUGGAAACAAGGCCAUCAAGAACAGGAUGCUGUACCCCCUGAUGAAGCGUGCUGUUCUCACCAUCGCCGAGCAAGACGCCGGUAUCAACAUUGAGAAGAAGUUUGAGGUGGAAGACCCCAGUGAGAUUACUGAGGAGGAAGUUUUGAACGAUCUCCAUCCCAAGAAGGUGGCUUCAUCAGGUUUCAGCAGGCCCAAGCGCCCUGGCAGGUAG